AUGGCCAGCACAACAACCGCCUCGGCGCUGCUCCUCACCCAGCAGAUACAACACCACCUCGACACCGACCUCCUCGACACCGCAAACUUCCUCGCCGGCCGUUUACACGCUCUUGAACCACGAAACCCCGACAGCGCGCAUCUUCUAGCCCUCACGUACAUCCGCCUCCGCCGCUUCAAAGCAGCAGCCGACUCUGCUCAGAAGUUCGGCAGCAAUGGUCGACACCUCGGUUGUGCAUACACCUACGCCCAAGCAUGUCUGCAGCUUGGCAGGAACACGGAGGGUGCGGGUGCCAUGGAGAAGAGCAAGGCUCUAUGGACUGCGAAGAUUCCACAGCGGCCACGCUUUCUGCCAGAUGCUGCAGCAGGUUGGACUUUGCUGGGGAAGCUGUGGCAGGCUCAUGGAGACUCGCGGAAGGCCGGCGACUGUUUUGUGGAAGCCCACAAGGCGAACCCUUUUACGUGGGAGGCCUUCGAGGGCUUGUGCAAAGUGGGAGCAGAUCUGAAUGUGCAGAACAUGUUUCGAGCAGCACCGGAAAUGGCACCACCGGCAGCUAGCGGGAGCAAGGGCAGCGAUGAGAUAUACAUGGAUGAGCUGGAACCUGCGACGCAACCAUUGGCGCAGCAGCUGAACUUCAACCAGCAGGUCUUUACGCCUUCUGCAGACCCAUUCGGCAUCUCUGCAAGGCCGAUAGGCUUCGACCUUGAGCUUGGCGGGAAGGCAAAGGCUAGGCAGCCAGCAAAGCCGCCUCUAUCAGAGUGGGACACUCCAGUCACUAACAGUGGGAGCGCACUCGGCGAAGCGGAGGAUGUGGCCAUGAGUGGAAUGCUGGCAGAUUCAGAGGGUGUUGCUGCUCAGCCGCCGCGUGCGCCCGCAAGAAGAACAAGGCCGGGACAGCAGCAGUUUGACGCAAGCGAACGGCCUAGGCAGCCUACUUUGCGUGGACAUGGUGUGUCGGCUUCUGAAGGGACGGAAGACAGCUUGCCGAACGCUGGUCAGCACCAGAGAAAGCCAUCGGCGGCUGGUGGUGCGCACAAGCGGACGGUUUCUGGACAGCAAGCGCAUCCCGCGGAUGCAGUUCCCGGAGGGCAGCAUCCAGCGACACGGAGAAGUAACCGGCUGUUCGGGCAGGGCACCACGGCAACUUCGAAUGCAAGAUCCGCUAAUCCCUCAAGACCGGCACCACCAGAAUCAAACGCUUCUGUUGCUGGAGCUGGUACAAGGCCCGCGAAGGCUGCAACGGGUGCAAAGGGCAGGAUCGGAAACACCAAGGAGGGCGAGAAGGAGAAGAGAGCGCCAAGUCGGACACUCGAUCGAGCAACAGCUGAGACAAAAACCUCACUCCAACCUAGCCAGCCUAGACCAGCACCUGCGGCCAAACAACCUGCAGCACCUCUACCCGAUUACACCACCAUCACAUCUGUCCUCGAUACUUUUCGACCUUUGGCAACGGCAACAUACAGCCUCUCCCGCUCCGACACACCGACCACCCUCCGCACUCUCCGCUCCUUACCUACCGCCCAACGCGAAACACCCUUCGCCCUCGCGCUCCUCGCAAAAGCCCACUACGAGUCAGCAGACUACAAGUCUUCGGAAGAGACUUUCGCCAAACUCUUCAAGCUCCAACCAACACGCACGCAAGACAUGGAGGUAUACUCCACCGUCCUAUGGCAUCUGAAAAAGGACGCCCAGCUUGCAUUCCUCUGCCACCUCCUCCGCGACUCGGAUCAAAAUGCUCCACAGACAUGGGUCGCUGCCGGCAACGCCUUUUCACUGAGUCGAGAGCACGAUGCGGCUAUCGGAGCGUUCCGACGAGCGGUGCAGGUGGAUUCAGGAUUUGCCUAUGCUUGGACGCUGAUGGGACACGAGUUCAUUGCUAAUGAAGACUUUACCUCUGCCGUUUCUGCUUUCCGGCACGCAGUAUCCGUUGACCGCAGAGGCUACGGCGGCUGGUACGGUCUAGGCAAGUGCGCCGAACGCGUCGGGAACCUCGAAGACGCGGAGCGACAUUACCGUAUCGCUUCCUCCCUCAACCCCUCUAACUCGACCUUGCUGGUCUGCAUCGGUGUCAUCCUCGACCGCCGGCACCAAGCACGAGCUGCGUUGACGCUCUACACGAAGGCAUUGGAGCUCUCGCCUUCUUCAGCAUUAGCCAGGUUCAAGAGAGCCAGGGUACUGAUGCGUCUCAAGGAAUUCCAUGAGGCACGGGACGAGUUGGAGGUCCUGCGGGAACAGGCGCCAGAGGAGGCGAAUGUGUGGUUCUUGCUGGGGAAGUGCUGUAGGGCGUUGAAUGAUAGAGGGGAGGGGUUGAGAUGUUUUACUUAUGCGUUGAAUUUGGAUGGGAAGGCUGCGCCGCUUAUCAAAGAGGCCAUGGAGGCGAUGGAUGAGAGCGAGGAGGAAGGAGAGGAGGGAAUUGACGUUGGGGAUGGGAGCGAUGACGGCUGA